AAACGCGCCAGCAAUAACAUAAUCCAAUAUCAGAUUUCUUUCACAAACCCCACUUCCAAUUUCUCAUUGCUUCUUCUUCCCAAUUUCCACGGAUCCACCUCCAAAGCCAUCCUUCCAGAAAACCUUGUUCUUUACAUUUCUUAGCCCCAGAAAAGAUUCCCAUCUCAAUUCCACAAAAAACACAAGGAGAUCUAAGGAAAUUUCCCACCUCUAUAUAUAGAGAGGUGGAAUUGUUCCUGAAUUUGGUUUGAAUUGAUUGAUUGACAGAGUUUGGUGAGAGGGUGUUAUUGAAAAAUGGGUGACAUGAAGGAUAAAGUCAAAGGGUUCAUGAAAAAAGUCGCAUCUUCUUCUUCAGGUAAGUUUAAAGGCCAAGGUAGAGUUUUGGGUGGUUCAUCUUCUUCAGGACCCUCAAAUCAUGUCAAUAAUUUUUCAUCACAUCCCCUAAAUACAAGGCAGAAUCAACAACUUUCAUGCACAAAAAUAUCGCCUCAAAAAUCAAGUAAUUCUGAUCAAAGAAUUGUGAAUAAAUGUGAAAUUCAGGUCAACAAAAGUGAAUCAAAGGACGGUUUUGAUCCAUAUGGUGAAUUGAUCACUUCUGGGAAGAAAAACCCGGAAGGGUAUUCACUUACUAAUGUGUUUGAAUGCCCUGUCUGUGGUAGUGGUUUUGUUUCUGAAGAAGAGGUGUCAACUCAUAUUGAUAGCUGUUUAAGUUCUGAAGUGUCUUCUAAUUUGGGAGUUGAAAGUAAAGCUGAAGUUAAAAGUGAAUUGGAAACAUGUGUUAGUGCAUAUGUUUCAGGGAAGCCCUCAGAAGGGUCAGUUGAAGUGGUCAUUAAGUUGUUAAAGAAUAUUGUGAAGGAACCAGAGAAUGCCAAGUUUAGGAAAAUAAGGAUGGGGAAUCCAAAAAUAAAAGAGGCUAUAGGUGAUGUUGUAGGAGGAGUGGAGCUAUUGGAAUUUGUUGGAUUUGAGUUGAAAGAAGACGGUGGGGAGAUUUGGGCUGUGAUGGAUGUUCCUUCUGAAGAACAACUUGUUAUGCUUAAGAAUGUAGUUUCACUCUUGGAACCGAAGAAGGUUGAAGAGUUGGUGUCGGUAUCCCAAGUUAAGGCGAGUGAACCAGUUGAGCCGAAGAAGAUUGAUAGACAGAUUCGGGUAUUCUUUUCUGUUCCCGAGAGUGUAGCAGCAAAAAUUGAGCUACCUGAUUCUUUCUUUAACCUCUCACGUGAGGAAUUGAGAAGAGAAGCAGAGAUGAGGAAGAAGAAAUUAGAAGAUUCCAAAUUAUUGAUUCCUAAAUCUUAUCGGGAAAAGCAGGCAAAAGCUGCAAGAAAGAAGUACACAAAAUCCAUUAUCCGAAUACAGUUUCCAGAUGGAGUAUUGCUUCAAGGUGUCUUUCUACCUUCGGAGCCAACUAGUGCUCUUUAUGAGUUUGUGAGCUCAGCGUUAAAGGAACCAAGCUUAGAGUUCGAAUUGUUACAUCCGGUGCUUGUUAAAAAGCGGGUGAUUCCCCAUUUUCCAGCUGCUGGGGAGAGGGCCGUAACACUUGAAGAGGAGGUUUUGGUUCCUGCAGCUCUACUCAAAUUUAAACCUAUCGAAACAGAUUCUGUUGUUUUUACUGGUCUUUGUAAUGAGCUUCUUGAAAUCAGCGAGCCCCUCGAGACUGGAUCAGUUGCUUCCUCGUAAGCUCCUGUAUUGCUCUAAAUUGCAUCAGACUGAGAAUUCUUCUCAGUGUUGGAAACCUUAUAAAACUCUCUGCCCCGGGAAUGCUGUAAUUCUUGAUUUUCUUCUUUUGUUUCUCUUUUCUCAGCAUGAUCAUGUUUGUGCAACUCAUAGGUUACCUGUAUAGUCCUGUUGUAUUAUUUGAAUUAUACAUCAGCUUUUGCAGAAAAUUUUGGUGUCAAAGUGAGAGAAUAAGAAAUGAGAUGUAUUGACAACUUGAUCAUUUGAUGAAUACAAGUGAAAUCUAUUUCCUAGGUGUUAAA